GAAAGAAUUCACCAGCUGCGUCUAUUUCUGGCCUCCCCUAGUUUUUCCCGCCUGGCUGACGUCAGCAGAAAGUUAUUUUCAUGAAUGGAGGGGGCGGUCACGAGGAGCCGGUGACGCGCGUGCUUGCGGAAGCGGAGAGUGGAAUGUUGGUACACUGUUGUUGUUUUUGUAGUUUAAUGUAGUUGGCGGUUCCGUUUCGGCUCGGCUGCGGGACACUCAGACCCAAAAACCUGCGACGAGCCACGGCGAACCCCUCGCUUUAGGAUAACCCCCCUCAAGAGUGCGCGCUCCCGGCUAGAAAUUCCGCGCUCACGAGGCAUUUCUUAGAGCUUCUGACCAGCUGCUUGCAUGCAGGGUAUGACGACUCAUUUUAAACCCAGCAAAGCUUUAAAGGUAAAGAAGGAGGCGGGUGAGAAUGCGCCGGCGCUCAGCGACGAUGAGCUGGUGGCCAUGUCGGUGCGGGAGCUGAACCAGCACCUGCGCGGCCUUACCAAGGAGGACGUGGUGCGACUGAAGCAGCGGCGGCGCACGCUGAAGAACCGUGGCUAUGCUGCCAGCUGCCGCAUCAAACGCGUCACGCAGAAGGAGGAGCUGGAACGACAGAAGACGGAGCUGCAGCAGGAGGUGGACAAGCUGGCCCGGGAGAACGCCAGUAUGCGGCUGGAGCUGGAUGCUCUGCGUGCCAAGUACGAGGCGCUGCAGUGCUUCGCCCGGACUGUGGCCCGCGGGCCACUCUCACCGGGAAAGGUGGCCGCCACCACCAGCGUCAUCACCAUCGUCAAGUCGAACAACCACAGCCCCAGCUCCCCGCCGUUCUCCGCGCCAUCAUAGGAGGACGGGAGGAAUGCAGGACGGUCCAUCUGGUCCAGCCCGGUUUUCCAAACCCCUGGCCUGGCCUGGCCUGCAUCCACCCGACCCGCGACUGAGAAGGACACUCAGUGACUAGACUUGAGGGGGUGGGGUGGGGGAAGGGAGGCUGACUCUGUGUGACAGUAGACUGCAUUGACUUCUCUUUCUCUCUCUUCGUUUCUCUGUCUCUCCCUCACACACACACACACACACACACACACACACCUUUCUACGUUGUCUGUGCACUGUGCUCUAAAAACCUCCGGCACCGGCAGGGCACACUGGCCUCUUCCUCUCUCUCUACCCAGACUGAGACUUAGCAGAAAUGAGACUUGCUGAAAGUGGGACUAAGUACUUGAUUUAACCUGCCAUGGCAGUCUGUGAUAGCUCUGAUGCCUGUGGUAUCUUGCAUUUUACAUCAGAGAGUAAAGAUAUAUUAGCAUUGUAGAACGUUCACUAUACUAUAUUCUUGUUGAUAUCAUGCUUGUUUUUCUAAGUAGUUUGAAACAUUGCA